AUGCAAAAUGAAUCAACAACGAGUAAACAGAAUGUUAAAGAUAAUUUGGAUUUUAAUUUAAUUAUUCAUAUGAAUUCUUUAAUUUCAUUGCUAAAACAAUUUUUAUGUCCUGGUUGCAAUAAAUAUUGGGACGGAUCAACAACUGUCAAAGAACGAAAUGGAUUAUACAUGCAGCUUGAAUUCAUGUGCUAUAAUUGUGGAUUUCUCACUCGUAUAUAUUCGUCACCGAAAAUGCAAACUGGUAGACGUCAUGAGAUCAAUGUUCGAUCAGGUAUUGGAGGUACUUUAUGUGGAUUAGGCCGUAGUGGAGUAAUGAAAUUACUAGGUGCUUUAAAUUUACCACCACCAAUUCAGGAGCACAAGUAUCGUGAAGUACAAGAAUUUAUUUUAAAUUAUGUAGAAAAAGCUCAAGAACAGUCAAUGAUUGAUGCUGUUCAAGAUGCUAUCUCUGAAGCUGGUGGUGUAGAAGAGUUAACCGUAAGUGGUGAUGGUGCAUGGCUAACUCGAGGGUUCACUAGUCUUCAUGGAAUCGCAGCUAUAUGUUCAACAACAGUGAGUCCAAAAGUUAUAGAUACUAAUUGGUGUUCCAAAAAGUGUUCUAAAUGUCAAGGUGCAGAAAGUCUGCGUCAUGUUAAUUUUGAUUUAUUUAGUACAUUUCAGGAGAAUCAUGAAUGUCAAUUGAAUUUUAUAGGAACAUCCGGUGCAAUGGAAAAAGAGAUGAUUUAUGAAAUGUUUUGUCGAUCCUUACCAAAAUAUGAUAUUAAAUAUAUAUCUUAUAUUGGAGAUGGUGAUGCUAAAGUACAUAAAUAUUUAACAACUAAUCCUCCAUAUCCUGGUGUCACAAUUAAAAAACUCGAAGAUACAAAUCAUUUUGCAAAAAGAAUGUUGACUCGUAUCAAAAAGAUCAAGCAAGAAAAUAAGAAUGAAGUUUUGUCUGAUGGUAAAAAAAUUGCUGGUAAAGGACGUCUGACUGAUGCUGAUGCAAUCACAUUUAAAAUUUAUUUUGCUAAAGCAAUACGUGAAUCUAAAACUGAUUUAGAUAAACUUUAUGAAAAAUCAUGGGCUAUUUUCAAGCAUCAUUACUCCACAGACAAAGAACCGAUGCAUGAUUGGUGUGAUCCUCAAUGGUGUAAGUAUCUUCAAGCAAAAUUAAAUGGUCAACAGUUUAAUCAUAACUCAAAACCAGCUAUUCCAAGAGCAUGCUUGGACUUGAUAAAGCCCGUAUUUCACGAGUUGUGUUCUAAAACUAGUUUAGCACGUGUGAUAGAUGGUGGAUCACAAAAUGCCAAUGAGGCUUUUCACUCAUUAUUGUGGACUAUGGUUCCUAAGCACCGCUUCUGUUCAUCAACUAUUCUCCGUACGGCAUUAGGUUUAUCAACAAUAAUUUAUAACGAUGGCUAUGACUCAUUAGACAAAUUAUUUACAAGCUUCUUUUCAUCCAUAGGAUAUUAUUCUGCUGAAUGUUUCGGUCGACUCCAUACAAUGAGAAAAUCCUUUACUUCAAAAAUUAAAAAAAGACGUAAAAAAAGAACAACAACAACAACAAUAACAACAACUACUGCUGCUACUAAUACCUCUUCAAGCGAAAGUGAUGAUGAAAUGUCAUUUAUUCCAAAUGAUAAAAAUUCUACUGAUCUUACUCAAGAUUUAAUCGCAUUGGAACUAUCGGAAGAGGAUGCAGAUGUGGACUAUGAACCGGGAGGGGAUGAUUAA